GUAGGCGGCAGUGACGUCACAUGAUUGCAGUGCGCACACGGAGAGAUAGCCAUUUUGUAAAAAGCUGCCGCAGAGUGCUGUUGAUCGUUCCUUCCUGCACGUCAUCACAGCUCUUCAGUAAGCAAUUUGCCACACCAUGGAAGCCCAGACACCUCAACUGAUUUCGGUGGCGCCUAACGACACGCGGCGUCUGCUGGAGGUGUACGUCAAACGCAGCCUCAGCCUCAACGAGGAGACUCUGGGAAUUAAGCCUCGUGAGCGCAAUUUAAAGUGGGUGACCAUACCCAAAAGACAUCGAAGACACUCCAGCGACCCUUCCCUUCACUUGGCUGACGGUUUGGACGACGCCGCGUUUCGUGGGCUCGAACCCACCGAACCUCCAGAUGAGCCGGAGAUAAAGUUGGACAACAAGCUACACAAGAAGUCCAAAAAGAACAAAAAACCCUCCUUGUGGAAGAACUUCCUAGGCCUGUUCUCCAGGAGGAGUACUGAGGACAAAGACGAGGAGCAGGUGGGUCCCUCGGACAUUCCCGAGGCAUCCUCUGUCGACGAUGACCCAGCUGUCGCCGUCUGCCUCCCUGCUAACCCUCCACCCAGCAUCCAAAAGAAUAAGUCCUCAAGGAGAAGACCUAUGAGAAGAAGGUUCUCCAAGAGGCGUCUGUCCUUGAUUAAACUCAGCAAGCGUGAGGAGCUCAACCCGGAAGACAUCACCGGAGUAGAGGCUGUUGUGAGCGUUGAAGGGACGUACUCCUACUACGAGAAGGUGUCCGAGGAACUGGAAAAGAUUCUCCAUGAGGUCAAAGAAAAGGAGGAGGUUGUGAUGUUGUCAGAUGAGGAAGUCAUCAACAGGAUCAUCGCCUUGACAAAGGAGCAGGGCGACGCCAUCGAUGACAAGAUAAAAGACAAUACCACCCUGAGUAACUUCUUCCAAGGGAUGUCCUAUUCAUCCUUCCAGAGGCUGGCCGACGCCUACCUGGAGAAAGAGGCCUCACCCACCAUGGCCCCUCCGUCCGUUUUGCCAACGGCGCCGGAGCUGGUCAAGCUGGCCUUCACACUGGACUUCACGGCUCGUAUCGCUGGGCUCUCUCGGCAAAACAUCGGACACAUCACAGGCCUCGGCAACCGUUACCUGCAAGACCGAUUUGAAUACAAACAGGCAUGUUCGGACCACCCCUGCUGACGGAGGCGGAUAUGCAGAUGAGAAACAUUUCCACCAAUGGAACUUUGGUGUGCAUUUCUUUGUCGUCAUACGCACUAAGCUAAGGACGUGAAUCAUUUCCAGUUUGACUCGUUUGUGUUUGUACGAGAAUCAUUUGCUGACAGCGCCACUUUGAAACUAAUCUUUACAAUCGUAGCUGGUUCUACUGUGGAAACUAAAUGGGAUGUUUUAUCAGCAUUAUGUACACUGCGCAAUACCUACAGUCCUAUGAUUUCAAUGCAAAGAAACUAAGCUAAGAUCAAAUGUGACCUAUUUUGUUUUUUGUCUUUGUGAAUGCAGGCAUUCAUGGUGCAAAUAAAAUAUUUAAUCAACAAGAUUGUACAGCAGUUUUU